GCACCUUGUUGUACACCUCGAUGCUUAAGUAAAACAGAGAGAGAGCUUUGGACUUACCCCUGAAAUCUAGCACUUUAUAUUUUAGCAGCAAACUUUUCUGUUUCUGUGGAAGUCAAAGGCGCAGUUUUGAAGAUGCUCUGUGCCUUUUUGCGUCUGAAGUUGUGAAGUGCAAGAGGGGGCAAAGGAGCAUUUUUUUUUAACACGUCUGAGUUUCCUUUUUCUUUUUUUUUUUCCUGUCUUUAAUCAAAGCCUGCGACAUUUUUACAGCCGAGUGGUCGUUGGAGAGCAACCUGGUGACUUUCAGCGAUGGCUGGAUGCUGUCUUUCAGCGGAGGAGAGAGAGAACCAGAGGAUCAACGAGGAGAUUGAGAAGCAGCUGCGGAGGGACAAGGAGGACUCUCGCAUGGAGCUCAAGUUGCUGCUUUUAGGCACUGGAGAGAGUGGAAAGAGCACCUUUAUCAAACAAAUGAGGAUUAUCCAUGGAGGAGGAUAUACAGACGAGGACAAAAGGAGCUAUGCCAAGCUGGUGUACCAGAACAUCUACACGUCCAUGCAGACAAUGGUCCGAGCUAUGGAGGCUCUUGGUAUAUCUUUCACUGAUCCCCAGAACCAGAGCCAUGCCAGCGCAGUCCUGGAGGUGGAGGUGGAUAAGGUGAAGGACUUAGAUAGCAACCUCGCCAUGGCUGUCAAGAGUCUGUGGGAUGAUCCUGGAAUACAGGAGUGCUAUGAUCGGCGCAGGGAGUACCAGCUGUCCGACUCCACCAAAUACUAUCUCACAGAUCUGGAUCGGAUUUCACAGCCCUCAUACAUACCUGAUCUUGACGACAUCCUCAGAGUCCGAGUCCCAACCACUGGUAUCAUUGAAUACCCCUUUGACAUGUGGUCUAAGGAUCAGAAUGUCAUUUUCAGGAUGGUUGAUGUGGGUGGUCAAAGAUCAGAGCGGAGAAAGUGGAUCCACUGCUUUGAGAACGUCACCUCCAUCAUUUUCUUGGUGGCACUCAGCGAAUACGAUCAGGUCCUGGCUGAGUGCGACAAUGAGAACCGCAUGGAGGAGAGCAAGGCCCUGUUCAAGACCAUCAUCACCUACCCCUGGUUCCAGCGCUCAUCUGUCAUACUUUUCCUCAACAAGACCGACAUCCUCAAGGAGAAGAUCUUGUACUCUCACUUAUCCACCUACUUCCCUGAAUUCACAGGACCUCAGCAGGAUCAAGUAGCAGCUCAAAAAUUCAUCCUAAAAAUGUACCAAGAACAAAACCUGGAGAAGGACAAGACGUUGUAUUCUCACUUCACCUGCGCCACAGACACAGAAAACAUCCGCUUAAUCUUCAAGGACGUGAAAACAGCCAUCCUCAGGCACAACCUCGGGGACUUCAACCUGGUGUAGAAAGGUUGCAUACAGCACAGGAGCAAAUGCAUACAAGAGAAGACCUGAGGAAAGCCGAAAUAGAAAAGAAUCUAAUUAUCAAUCAAGCUUAAACCAAAAAAGAAGCAAUUUGAAAUUGUUUCAUUUCUAACAAGGGAGAUCCAAAAAAGAGAGAAUACAAACAUCCUGUACCAGACAUACUAACAUGAAAUUGUGUUUAGAUGCUUUAGUUUCCCUUGUAGUUUUUUAGUAUUUGCUGUAAAUGAUACAUUACAGUGGAAAUGAGAAAGUGAAAAUUAGUAGCAAGUAACUGACCUGUUGUGUGAACUACUUAUUUAAAUAGACAUAUGAUCUGAGUGCUUUAAUGUAUGUAAAUGUAUCCCCAUGUAAUAGUUUGAUAAGGAUGCUCUUUAGCCCGGUUUUGUGAUUUCAUAAUGUUUAGAAAUGGUUGCUCUAACACUGAGACGCCUUAAGUGCCUUAUUUACUCAGGACAGUCAGCAGAGCCACGGAGUUCAUAGAGUGUCAGAUGUAAAUAGUCUGAGAUGUGCUUUAGGAAAAAAAAUACAACUGUUUCUUCUAUUUAUGGUUAUUUUCAAU